GUUUAUUUAAGUUUAAAAUAUGAGCUCUUUGGACGAUAAAUGUCGCAAGUAACACCGGAAUCAAGUUAAGCGGAACAUUUGCUCGCACGGGCAAGGAGGCGGUAGGAUCUCUUAAGAAACACAGGAAACACUCAUUGAAUUGCAGGAACAGGAGGAAUAUCGAGUUUCUUCACCAAAAGACAAGCCGAAAAUUUAAUUUUCACUCUGCAGAAGGUGAAACAAUAACACCAGAUAACAUUAAGUAAUAUUACUUAUCCUGUUUACGUAAAUUUACUUAAAACAACUGACCAAACAUGCUGAUUAAAGUGAAGACGCUCACUGGCAAGGAGAUAGAGAUUGACAUAGAGCCCACAGAUAAGGUGGAGCGAAUUAAAGAAAGGGUGGAGGAGAAAGAGGGGAUUCCUCCCCAGCAACAGAGGUUGAUCUACAGUGGAAAACAGAUGAAUGAUGAGAAAACAGCAGCAGACUAUAAGAUCCAGGGAGGUUCUGUUCUGCACCUGGUACUUGCCUUGAGAGGAGGACACUUGCUCUGGUAGUCAUUGUAGCUGCCAAUACAAAACCUGCCUAAACUGAUGUGAUGCCUUCACAAAGCACUGAAGACACAGCCACCGAUUGCAGAAUCACCUGGUGACAUCAAAGGCAGCACAGAGUUAUUAGUAGAAAUAUUAAUAUCAGGUUCUCCUUUGGUAACCAUCUCCUUAUAGCCUUUAGUAUCUUGCCUGUAAAAAACUUCUCAUAUUAUAACAUCCAAACAUGCAGAAAAGUUGUGGAGAAUUUAAGAACCUUUGGUUACUGCAGAAAACCACUGUUCAAGCUUUUCUUUAUACUAGGCAAAGCUAAAGUUACUCGAGGCAUACUGGAGCACAAAAAUAGUCUUUGUUCCACUUUUGGUCAAACAGAGAUAACUGGAAUUUGAAAGUGCUUUAUGGAAACACAUCAUUUACAAUCAAAUCGGCACACUGUAGUUUUUUCUUUUUUCUUUCAUACAUGUCUUGUUCUCUAAAAAAAUGCUCCAACUACAAUAGCUUUCUUUUGUGAAGUGCUGAUAUAGCCCCGUUAGGGAAAGAAAAACUACAUCUUUAAAAUGGAUAUGUUCUGAUUUACAAUACAAUUUUCAGUACUGACAUAAGAAUACCAAUACAACAGUCAUUUUCACCCAUUCAGUAAAAUGUCAUUGUUAUUAGCAAAUGAGCUAGCAGAAAGGCUGUAAACUGAGCUUAGCUGAGCAUCUUGCACCUUUAAAGGUUCACUGAUGAACAUACAUUUGGUCCUUUCUUUGUUUUGGCAGGACAAAAAACAAACAGUGUUUGUCCAGGAAACUUUUUCAUAGCAAGAUUUUAGCCUAGAAUUCUGUGCUUGUUUGUACCCAACAAACCAGACGCUAAGCUAGUUGUCAACAUUAGUGCUUUAGCCUAAUAUGAAAACGGUUCAGUUUCCCCUGCCUACUGCUUGUAUUGAAUCAUUGACCACAUAGUUUACUUUCCGCUUGCUUUUUAGGUAGACUUGAUAUGUUCAUGGGUUAUUUAACUUUCUAAAAGUAAUAUGUUUUUCGUUCUGAUUUCACAUUUUACUGCUGCAAGAAGGAAAAGCGUGUGUCGCUGCUGUAUUGCUCGACAGUAGCUUCAGGUUACAUCAGUAUUGUUUUGCUUCCGAGUGUGUUCAGAGAAAUGACAUUUGCUUUUGUAUUUUCAGUCGGUUAACGUAAAGCUCCUCUUGGUGCAGUCAGAUUUGUUUGAGACGGAAUUAUGCUUUUUGGAAUGUUUUUGUCAAUAAAGUUAAUGCUGUCAAGUC